UCUUUUACAAAUACAUUAGGAGAUGCUACACUGGCCAGUCAGUGAAAAUUUUUAAUAAGCAUUAAUGUGAGUGUGUUGAGCUGCAUUGUGAGCUGGUAAGUGCAUCCAGCUGGUAGUGUUAGCGGUGAUAUAAGUGACGGUUUCUUUCCUCGAUACACUCCUCCAUAUGUGAGUCACCGAAAGCCAGAGGAAGCAGGAAGAGACGAGAAUAACAUCCAAAAUGACAGUCGCUUUAUUUUUGUCCCCAAAGAUUCAGGGAUCUUAUGUGGGAGCUAAAAACAAUCAAGCCAUUUAAGAGGUGGAUAUAUAUUUAACAUGCACAGAUUUCGGAUCAUCCUUGAGCAAUUAAGGUAGCAUCACUUUGAGUUAUCUAGAGCAGGAUUCACUUGGUUUUACAUUACAUUUUUACAAUUUUACAAAUGGUGACCCGAGUGGCAAAGUAAAUAGGGAUAUCUUUAGAAAUUAGACAUUGAAAUGUAUUGUUAUUACUAUGCAUAGUUAUUAUAAUAACUGAGGCUGAAUAAGAAAAAUUGCUUUACAUUUUAUUACCGUAUUUAAAUUUAGCAUUUUUGUGUGUGACCUUAUCGGUUCAGCAGUUUUGACAUUAUAAUGUCAUAUAAUGCAGUGCAGACUUAUUCUUAGCUGGGUUUGCAUUACAUUUUAAAAUUGGUGACCAAACAAAGUACCAACACUGUUGUACAAAUGUAAGCAAAAAACGUCAGACAUUUAAAAUCUAUUAAUGUUACCAUGAAUUAUGCAAAAUGUUAAUCAUGACCAAGGCUGCAUAAGAAAAUUGUCAAUUCUGGCUUGUAGAUGUCUCUCCAGUAUCGAUUUUAGAAACAUUAUUUGUCUUUUAAAUGUUAACAUUGCAGCACUCUGCCUGGAAAAUAUUGCAGAGUUUGAUUGAACGCGCAGCAAAUAACAUAAAAAAUAUGGGAAAUAUUAUAUGGGUAGUUACAUUUUAUUAUUUUAAUUUAUCAUAGCUGUACGUGACCUUAUCAGAACAGGUCUGCAGCCCAUUUUUUUUUAGGUUGGCAGCAGUUAUGAACCAUUGCUUUACGCGUUAUCUCUAUAGUAACCUAGUUACUUAAUGGUUAGCCUUAUGAAAAUGUCUAGCAGAUUAAUACUCUAAUAAUCCUAUUCACCAUUUUAUCAGCAAUGUUGUAUAAAUGAAACAGAGGGGAUGUGCAAAUCCAAGGCUCAUCCUAAGUUUUUCUUCAGCACGACUCCUGCUUAAAAUAGCUUGGCUUGCGCUUUGAGAACAGGCCUGUGUAUCAAUCAACAGAAGCGCGCACAUGCACAAUUCAACACCCAGUCUGCAAAAAUAGAUCAUCACACUGAGUUCUGGCACGUUGUACAAAAACAUGCCAUGGCAGUGGAGAAGAGCAUGCAUUUGUAGUCGUUUCAUCAGGAUCUAUAGGCGUCCUUAAGCGGUUUUAUGGUAUGGUGAGAUCAUGGGUGCAUCUAAAACAAGAGAUGCAGUCAGUAAAGUUUUUUGCAUGGUUGCACGGUUAGACAGAAGUGUUUUUGGUUGGUCAUACCAUGGCCACCUGUUAUUCCACUGGAGAAAUUCCAUUAGCAUGUUUUGGGUCACAGUGGACACCAUGUGCAUCCAGAGGAAUGUAACACCGCCCACUUCAGUAGACACUUCCUCUUUCCAUUUAUAUAAAAGACCCUGGUGACCAACAGCAGCAUCCAAACAGAUUACAAACCUUGAGAUUUGAACCUCACCAACAAAGAAAACACAAUAAGAGCCAUGAGUACAGCUGCCAUCCAGCAAAACCGGCCUUUUAGCAGAGCCGUCAGAAAGAUCAGGGUGGCUUCGACGGUGAACAGCCUCGCCAAAAGCUGGCAAAGCUGGGCAAACAAACACACCGACAAGCAAGACAUGAUCCCGAGCGGAUGGAUGCCCGACACCAUCCUUGAGGACACAAAAGAAAAGCUUAAGGAGAAGAAUGAGAUGAAACUCUUGGUUACUCCUCGUGUGGUUUCGGUGAAUGGUGAAGAUGGUGCGGACGACCAGAUCAAGACGGUGACUGUGACUAAAGCCAUCACACCAAAAUGUAACGAAUACGGAAAAGACCUAGUGAACAUCAUCAAGGAGAAGAUCAACACCAAUCAGCUAACAUCAGAGGAUACCAAAAACUUUCUUGGCAAUGAAUCUCCCACCAGGAGACGCUAUUGUGGAGGGAAAGCUGGAACUUUGGCGAAGGUGCUGGGAUCCGGAAGUAGCAGUUCAGAUGCUGAGGACAGUGGUCUUGGGGAGGAAGCAUCUCUGAGCGACAACAGCGAUCAGAAUGAGAGUAAACCAAAGAAACAUGCCAACAGACAAAAGAUUAAAAUAACCACGACGAAUGACUUGAGGAGCAAGUGGCAGCGGUUCGCUGAAGACCACAUUGAAGGCCAGAAGCUCAACCCUUUCAGUGAAGAGUUUGACUAUGAACAUGCCAUGGCUAUUCGACUCCAAAAGGGCGACGCGGGAUACGGACAGCCCAAAGAGGGAUCCAAAACAGCCCAACGCGCCGAUCGGGCUCAAAAACAUAUCCACCGUGAGAUGGAGGAGAUGUGUUUUAUCAUACGCAGCAUGGGCCAGCGGGAUAAAGAGGGACAUAUCUAUGUCACCUUCGGCCGCCUGUUUGACCGCUACGUUAAGAUCUCUGAUAAAGUUGUGGGAAUUUUGUUGCGCUGUCGCAAACACAAGAUGGUGGACUUUGAGGGCGAGAUGCUCUGGAAGGGCCAGGAUGAUGACAUUAUAAUCACAUUACUAGAAUAAUGUGCCAGAAAGUUGCUAAUGCUGCAUUCAAGUCCUCUUGGGAAGACUGAAUUUACGAGUUGACAAGUUUUAUGUAAGUUUUAUAGUAAUUAUGAUCUCAGGUGCGAUCAAGUCACUUUAGUCGGAACAAGAUGGCGAUUUAACUUUUCUACAUAAAAUUCAUUGAUUUUUUUUUUUUACUCUACAUCUACAAAAUGAUGAAUAAAGAAAGUGCAUCGUGUUUUUGCUUUUUUCUGUUUUUAUUCAAUUUAUGAAGGUGAUGGAAUAAUUAUAUAUUCUAUGGUAAUUAUACAAUAACAUAAUAUUUUGUAUAAUGUAGCUUAUGUAGUUUAAUUGUACAUGACAAAAAAAAAACAUUUUAUUAAUUUCAAAUUUACUGUCAAUACAGACGCUACAUAUCUAAAGUCUUUGGCUGCAUCCAUUGCAUCCGAUGUGUUUUUCUCACUUUGACACGCUCCAAAUUCAGAGUUUCCCACUCGUAAUAACGACUCGUAAAUACGAUUUAUACCGACAUGACUUGAAUGCACCAUAAGUUGCAGUGUUAAAAAGUAACUAACUUAUUUCUUGAACUUAAUUUUUCACAGUAUCUCAGCUGUUUUCAAAAUACUGUUGUUUUUGCACUAAAAACAUACUUUUCCCAACAA